AUGUGUCCCUCCCGAAGACUGAAGCAAUUGUCUUCGGGGGACCUGGAAGGGCGCUACCUGAGGAUUCCGGUCAAUUCACACAUGAAGUACUUGGGUCUUGUUCUUGACCGGAGGUGGAAUUUUGAACAGCAUUUCCUCAAGUUAGCGCCCCGAAUCGUGGGUGCUGCCUCAGUCCUUAGCCGGCUAUUACCAAACGUGGGUGGGCCGAAAGCCCCUUGUCGGCGCCUGUACGCGGGCGUUGUUCGGAGCAUGGCCGUAUACAGGGCACUAAUUUGGGCAGACAGGCUCUUGCCUAAAGCCAAGCGUCCGCAAGUGGCGGCCUUGCGCAUAAUAAGGGCAUACCAUACGGUGUCUUUCGCGGCGGCAUGUGCUCUGGCAGGCACUACACCCUGGGAGCUGGAAGCUAAAAUGAUGGCUGGAACAUACCGUAUGAGAGCAGAGGCCAGAGCGCGUGGAGAACGCCUCGACCCAAAGGAACAGGAGAGCAACGACAGGCUGUCAAGAGACUGA